GGUACGUCUACCGGAAAAAGGACGCGCCUAAAGCGCCAAAAUAGAAGAAAACACGCUUUAGUGCUAGCAGUAGGUCCGACAAGUACGUUUAACUUUUUAUUUUGAUCCAACUGUAAAUAUACCUGCUGGAAACUCCAAGACAUCUUGUUUAUUCUCUAAGUGGUGGUCAUGACUAUGUUCGCUCCACGUUAGCAACUUUUCAUCUGAACGUAGAUCGAGCAGAAUGAAUCUAGAAGAAGACAAUCAGCAGAGCUCAGAAGAAGAAGAAGAGUUUGUGUUGGAAGAAAUUCCCACAUAUUCGAGGAAAACUAGAAGCCUUCUUACGCUCACUCAGAAGUUUUCCAAGUUACUUGCGGAACACGGGAAGCUGGAUCUCAGAACUGCUGCUGAAGUUCUGGCUGUCAGACAGAAACGAAGGAUAUAUGACAUCACAAAUGUACUGGAGGGUGCAGGUCUUAUUGUCAAAAUAUCCAAGAAUAUGGUAAAGUUGAUAAAUCAUGAAGAAAAUGCCAUAAAGACUGAUGUGGAUGGGCUGACUUUAAUGGAGUCAUUACUGGACCAGCAGAAACUUUUGAUUGAGGAAAACAUCAGGAGUACAAGACAAAACCAUAGAGAUCUGAUCUAUGUGACCGAUGAAGAUUUGUGCACUUGCUUCAGUGACCGUACUCUUUUAGUUGUUCGAGCACCCCCAGGAACACAUCUGGAUGUCCCCAUUCCCAAAGCUGUACCCUGCAGCCCUGCCAGCUAUCAGAUCUAUUUAAAAAGCAUCAGAGGACCCUUAGAUGUAGUACUUAUUAACAAACGCUCCUUCAGCUCGUUUCCCAUCGUCCUUCCUGUCCCACCUUCUAAAGAGUAUUUACAAUGUGCCAAGUCAGCCAUGUCCACUUCAAAUGAGAAAGAAAAUGGCAUUGAGCAACAUCAGGCUCUGGCUAAUGGCGCCAAAGUUAAACAGGCAACUGGAGAAGACAUGCAGCCUCUUUAUAAAUCAUCAAAUACAAAUCCAGAAUCCAACAGAAAUGAUGAGUCUGCCUGUCAUUAUUCAUCAAAAGAGCUGCAGGACCAAAUAAAUCCACCCAAAGCAAUCAAUGCAAAUCUGAUCCACCAGCUCUUGUCCGCUAAAGGUUAUUUCUGCCCCCAGCCAGGUGUCUACAUCCCCCUUUAAGAUGUGAACGUGUCGGUUUUUAUGAUGAAAAUUUCCUGCCAAAUAUAUGUCACCAUCAACUCUUGUAUUUUUGUGAAAAAUGUUUUUUAUGUUUUGAAAUAUUUUCACUUUGAUCAAUUAAUAAAAUAUAUAUUUUUAAA